AUGUUUGGCAAAUUCCUCAUUCAUAGCAAAUCUGAGGGCGACCUGCAGCGGCCGUGCAGCGCAUUGUCUUACACAGACAAAAUCCGAGAGACAACGGCUUCAGAAACCCGCAUUCGCAAUGCAGCUUGGAGACACUUGGCAUCGUUUCCCAACGGGAGCAGCAGCAGCAAGCUGUUGAAAGUACGGAAAGCAGGGUCUACUAGGCGUGUUGUAUUCGCAACACUAGGAAGUGUGUUUGGAUCUUUACAGCUGCAUGCAUCGAGUCCCCAUGCUCUCAGGCCCUUGCAUGACGACGGCAGUAGCCAACAGCAGCAGCCGCUGUCUUGCCCUUGGAGCCUACCAGCUUCCCAUAUCUCUCCCGUUGUCACAGAGAAUGCCUGGAGCACUAGACACUGCGGCUUGCAAAGUCAGCAUCUGCAGACGGGGGGAGAAUCAGCGGAAGAAACAGCCGGGGCGGCAACCGGCGAGACAGAAGUUGAAUAUGCCGGCAUUACCACGCGUCUGCGGCGAACUCUCUGGACCUGUGUACAGUCGAUGAGGCAAAAGAAAUUCAGAAAUAUUCUCGCGGAUCUUGCAUGCUGCAGAGGAGAGCCCACCAACUCGCCGUCGGGGCAGGUUAUCGGGGAUCCUGCUACUGGAGCUGCCGAACGAGCCUCUCCCACUUCACUACAGGAAGUGGCCGUCCAUACACCAGAAAUUGUAGGAAGUGAAACCCCGCAAAAGCCAUUGGGACACAUUAAAGACUCCAGUCUCUCCAGAACAGCAGAGGCUGCAGCUGUGAAUGGGGUGUGGAGGGUUGGCGACGAAGAGAAUGGCCUGAGUCCUCGUACUUACCAUGGGACGCAGGAUUCACCACAACAAGUAAGACAUAACGAAUUACCUAAACCUCCCGAUGAGGAAAAACUGAGGUAUCCUCCACAUAAACAGCAACAGACAACGGCCCUUAACAAUGCCGACGAUUCUGCAGGGGAGGCGCUAACCGGCGGUGCCACUGGCAGUGCUGACGCUACGGCUGCUCCUCCAUCUCCAGCAGUAGCAGCAGCAGCAACAGCAGUAGAUGCAACAUCAGCAGACCAAGCACAGCGCCAGUGCCUGAAUGCAUCGGGGAGUGGUGUGUCUGAGCCUGGUGCCGAUGCGGAGGGCGGUCCUUUGAGGCCCCUCAGAGAGGCAGACCCUGAAGAACGGGGAAAUGGAACAACAGAGAGCCCAACAAGAGGGUCCUUGCCCAAACAAGCUGCAGCAGAAACACUGGGCCGCCCACCAGCCUUCGGCAACAGCAGUGAGGAGGCGCGCAUGAACGAGCAGCAGCAGUACAUGUCGGUUUGUGGCAGGGGGCCGCCCGCUGCAACAAAGGAAGGAUGGUUGGCUGGGCCUCCAGCGGGAGGCCGAGAGUUGGUGGCUUUGGAAAUGUCGGUGCUGCAGCAGCUGCUGCUUGCCUUGAAGGGGCCUCUGCAGCAGCAGACAGUAUCCAGCAAUGCCUUGGUCGCCUUUCUCGUAGCACAGAAGGCGCGGAGGGCCGCGCAGCCAACAGCCUGCAUCCCGUUACCAGCAAGCACUUCUGGUGAUCCUGCCUCUAACGUUGCCGCAGCAACCACCACCAACAGCAGGUACAGCAGUGGGGACUUUGCAGUAGAGCAUCUGUUAAAUGGGGGCCUACUCCCCUCCCUGAGCCGCAUCCUCAGCAACCCAACCCCAAGGCCUUUCUGGCCCCGUUGGCUGCAGCGGGGCGUCCCCUCGUCAGCGACGCAGGACAAGCAGGCGGCUCUGCAACAGCUGCAGCAGUUGCAGCUCAACGCGCUGCAGUUGCUCCAGCAAUUGGCCACCUGGGGCCCCAACGUGGAGCAGCAGAUCGCGCACCACGUUGGCUUACUGACAUCUAUUAGGAGGAUCGCCGCAGGAGAGCAGUGGCCGUCAGGGCCAGCUGAAGCAGCAACAACAGAGGGUAAGAUAGCAAGGGCAACGGGACAGAGAGGUGGUUCGGGUUCCGAUGGAUCCCUCCCCGCGUCGUAUGAAGCCGCGCAUGUAGGCAGGCAAACGGUGCUGCCUUCUGAAAGGGACAAGCAUUAUGGCGAGGAGCUGCAAGAAAAGAAUCAGACUAAGGAGGGCCCUGAAGAGGGUGGUCUCCCGCAACAGCCAGGGCCGCCUAUUGCAUCCAGCAGCCCGCAACAAUCAGGGAUUCCUGUUGCACCACCGUGCAGGCCUCGUGAUGAAGGCAGUGAAGAACGCUGUGGCGAUUCGAAGACUUCUUCCUCCGCAGGCCAGCACAUACACACACCAACAGACAAGGACGCAGCCAAUCGGACUGGGACAGUCUCACCCGCAGCAGCAACAACAGCUGCGAUAGAUGGAACAGCUGAUGCGGCAGCAUACUCGGAAACAAAAGCGAAAACAACAGCAGAAGCAUCAGCACGCGCGACGGAGGCCACUUUAGCAGCAAAGUCUAGUCCCUUAGCGCCGUCUGAUGGUGAUGCUGAAAGGCCUGGAGCAACAGGUGCAGCAGCAACAGGGGCAGGAUCGGCGACAACAGAAUGCCGAGCUGAUGAAAAAGCGACGGGGGAUUUGCUACUGCUUCGAGCUAAAGCGGAAGGAGUGGCGCGUUCUCUCAUGGAGCGGCUCGAGGCCAGGCGAGCUGAGCGCAGUAUAGGCGCCCCCCUUAUGCUGCAGGAGGCCCCAGGGGGCUCCCAUAAUGUAGGUUCUUCUUUAAGUAUGCUGAAGGCCCGUGUCUCAUUCCUUUUCUCGUUCGGAAAACAGCGAGAAGCAGAAGGCGCUGCCCAAACCCGAACGUCUGUGAACACGUCCGUGGCCACAGCUCUUCCCAACCCCCACAGAAUGCAGCGGCAGCAACAGCAGUGGCAGCGGCAGCCGCCCUGCUCAGUAGCAGUCGUCUCCGCUGUGGCUACUACUGCUAGUCCUUUAGGUGACGAGGAAGGAUCCUCUGGAACUCCUAUAGAGGAUGCCGCGAGAGAUAAAGGCCGGGGAGGCGGGUUGCUUGGCGCAGCUGAAUUGGAAGGGGAACGAGGCAAAGGUCGAGGUGGUUUGCUUGGCGUAGGGAGACUAUUUGCUGCGUGGGCGGCAUCUAUGUACACCGCAGCGCGGCGGAAGAUAGGAGACGUUGGCGGGCGCAGCAGCGUGUUGCAGCCAGAGGAGCAAUUAAAGCACAAAGUACUGUGGAUGCCUCUCUGGCUCGACGGAGUCGGAAGUGGGGGCCUCUGGGCAACCAUUGCUGCUGCUGCAGGGGAGGCGGUGGCCGCGGCUAUGAAAGAAAAGGUUGCACGGCAUCUUCGGCAGCAGCAACAGCAGCGGCAACAGCAGCAAGAGCAAGAGCAGCUACGGGAAAACCAGCAGGGAACCUUGCAUGCACAGGCUCCUGCCAAGCAGGGCCGGCCUCUACCAGAGAGUGAAACUGAAGGUGAGUUGCUGCGGAUGCUAGAGAAUUUGCGGCUGGGAACGCAGGAAAGCGGGGCAGUCCCCCAGUCGGGGACUUGGGGGGUUUUGGGUAUCGCCAUUAUUGAGGAGGAAAGGACCAGCAAUAGCAGGCAUGCAUAUGGAAGGGGCCACUAUCGUCAUCAUGCUCAAGGAGACAUGGUGGUGCACGACACGGACGACGGGAACAGAAGGAGCAGAAGCAGCAGCCGCAUCGAACACCCAUUGGCAGGUUCUGUGAUCUGCGAAGGGAAGGUUAUUCGAUUCGAACCCCUCGCUCUGCUUACUGGGCCCCCCAUUUGCAAUGCCGGAGUGCGGCAGCACGGCACUAGACUGCUGCUCACUGCCGCAGCAGGUGGGCAAUACAGCAGCCAGCUGGGGGCUCUCAAGGCUUUGACACUCCUUGUACGCCAAGAAACCCCAGAGGUGCUGCAGACGGUGGCUCAAGAACUGAGCACUAGUUGCACCAGCAGAUUCGGCGGGUUUGGAAUGAGGCGUGGCGAACGGAGUCUGGACGAGGGUCUGGCGGCUGCAGUGAGGGCUCCUUACAAGAGCAGCGGUAGCGGCGGCGCAUGCAGUGGUCCGGUCUCUUUGUGGCGUGUUGGGGUUCGAGAAGGCAGCGACGAACGGAAGCGGCUGGAGCUCGAGGAGGUGCAGUUGGCUGUUUUGCGUUUCCUCUAUGAGUUGUUUACGAGACAAGAAAGACUUAUGGUACCGCUGCUUCAGCGGUGUGUGUUGGUUAGGGAUGCGUUGCAGCAGGUGGUUUCCUGCUGCUCUUCUCAACUCUCCCGUGCGGCUCCCCCAGUACCAGGUGGUGCGCAAGCUGGUUUAGGGGGACCCGCUGCUGAUUUCAAAGAGGGGGAGGGGUCACUAUUGGGGUCACCUUCCUCCUCAUGCGAGCUGCAUUGCGGCGCGUUGAGACCACUGCCCCCUGCGGAUCGUCAGAAGAAAGUUUCUCUAAGUCUCGCAGGGCCCCUGCGGCUUGCGACUGUGGUGUCUGCUGGAGUGUGGGGCCCUGGGCAAUGGAGGCCACGGAGACCAGGGCAGCGGGGGCUGCGCAUAUUGGCUUUGGAUGGGGGGGGGACGAGGGGGGUGUUGACGGUGGCGCUGCUAAAGGAGAUAGCGGCAGCUGUUGGGGGCGAUCUGAGCUCGGCGUUUGAUAUUAUUUGCGGCACAUCAACGGGCGGAGUGCUCGCGGUUCUACUGGGCCUCGAACGUGCUACAGCUAGCGAGUUGGAGGCGCUUUAUGAUGCACUGAUUAAGGAGAUCUUUGUUAAGGAUGCACCAGCAGUCGCUGGCGCCCGCCUCGUGAUGCGUCAGGCGUACUAUGAUGAGACUUUGUGGGAAUCAAUCCUCUUGAGGGCCUUCGGACAGGCCAGGAUGAUCGACUUUGCUGCAGACACUACGACCCCUAAAGUCUUCUGCCUCUCUACCAACGUCUCCACUAAUCCUGCAAGGCUCGUCAUCUGGAGGAACUACAACUACCCCACAGCAGCACCAGCAGCAGCAUCACCAAGGGAACCCUCUCAGGUGGAGCAAGGAACGAACACCGCAGGGCUUGGGAGUCCCUUCUGGCAUUCGCUACAACACCAGCUGCUGCGGCUGCUUCAGCCCGUUCCUGCAGCAGCUAUGGGGGGCCAUAACCAGGAGGCUUCCGCCCCAGCAGCUUGGGGGGCUGGUCGAUAUGAGGGCUCUUGUUGCGUUUUCGUGCGUGAUGCGUUGAGGGCAACGACAGCAGCGCCCGGUUUCUUUAGCGGCAAGAUUGUGGGGGGCGAGACGGUAAUCGACGGCGCCCUGCUGGCGAAUAACCCCUCAGCAGUGGCAGUUUCAGAGGCGCGUGCGCUUUAUCCGCAGGUCCCGAUUGAGGUUUUUGUCAGCGUAGGCACGGGGCAGUGCGCUGCUGAAAGAUGCACCGAGAAAAUGGGGUGGGACGGGGUGUUCAGCCAGCUGGUAGGGGCUGCCACUAACACGGAGGCGGUUCAUGGGCUGCUUCAGGAUCUGCUGCCACCUACUGUGUACUUCCGGUUCAACCCCGUGAUAGGAAACCUACCGAUUGAUGAGACAGACGCAAGUAAACUCGAGGGCCUCAAGCGAAUAGCGCAGCUGUACGCCAACCAACCUGAAAACAAAGCGGCUAUUCAAAGACUGGCUCGCAUCCUGCGGCCCCCUUUGCCUCUCCACAAGCGUUGCCAGGGACUCCUACACACCGUACGCAAGCAUGCAAAGGGAGCAGCUGCAUUCAUCACCAGCAGCGCAGCAUCCUUCAUGCACAGAGCUCUCAACCACCCAGCGCUGACAGGUCCCUUCACCGUGGGAGAAUCUGCGCUGUUCCGCAUCAUUAAGUGCUGUAGAGCGGAAACGCCUGCAACUAACAGCAACACACGUCACAACAACGAAGUAGACAGCAGUCAUGCCUCCACUCAGCCGAGCGCUGCUGCCGCAGAGGAGAGCAGCAGCAGCAAAACCGACGGUGCUGACGGCUGCAGUGGCGGCGCGCCUCAGCCAGGGGCAGGAACACGGAUGGGAACACCAGCAACAGCCGGCGUAGCAAAAGGGGAGGCCAUCGCGUUCCCUCGGCCCGCUGCUGCAGGCACAGUGCCAGCUGCAGGGCGUGCUGCAGAGGGAUCCGCCGCUACAGGCUGCAUCGCAGAGGGCUCAGCGGCAGCGGAGAAGGAAUGCCCGCAUACUGCAACCUCCGCUGCUGCUGCAGCAGCAGGUGCAACCAGUGAGGGACUGCUCAAGUGGGAAAGCGGAUGGGGGGGAGCUGGGAGCCGGCGUUCUUUUUUUGCGUGGCUUGCGAAUAUUCCAAAGACCGGUAGCAGCAGGACGCAGCAGCAGAAUAAAGUGUUUGAUGCACUUGAACUUCUGGGGAAGCGACAGGUCUCAGCAGUCCCAGAAGUGGAUGCAGAAACUCUUGUGCCGCUGACAGGAGUGCGGCAUGUGCUGCAAGGCAUCUUUCAACGCAUACAGGCAAACCUGUAG